AUGGAGAAAAAAAAAAGCGAACAAUUUUUUUUUUUCUUUUCUUAUUUUAGAAUUGGAGUACUUUCAAAUCAACUUUCAGUUCAACAGAUGCACACUGGAAAGUUAGCAAUGAGUGCAAAUAGGAUAUGUAGAUUUUUGCCUCAAACGACUAGAAGAUAUCUGAUGUCACAGGCUCCUUCAUUUCUGUUCCUCCCCAACGAUUCAAAACAUAUCUUUGAACAAGAAAAAUUAUCACCACAAGAAAACCAGGCUGCCAUCCCAACUAAACCAAGUUUUGAUCAUUUAGAGAAAAAAUUUCAUGAAGUAGUUUCCCCAAAACAAGCAAACGAUAUUGUUCUUAAGUUGAAUUCAAACGACUUAUUGGUGACUAUGUUGUCAAAAGACAAAGUAUUUUUGGGAGACCCAACUUUCAUAAUUGAUGGUUCUAAUAGACCUACAAAGUUCGAAUAUGCUACUAUUUUAUGCAGUUGGAGUGAAAUGUUUAAUAAAAGAAUCAAAGAGUUGAGAGAAAUAGCACCACUUGAAUACUGGCUGCCUGAACUACCAUCAUCUAUCACAGAGUUGUAUGAAAAAUAUGAAGGAGAUUUUGAUCAAUUUUUCGAACAAUCCAAAGUUUUCAAAAAUUCCCAAUUAAGAAAAGAGCGUAAGCUUCAGCCAUCAGAAUUCUCCAACUUGGUUACAAUUGAUAAUGCUUCCCUUUUUGUUUUAAGCAAAGUAAGUACAGCUGAAGACGUUUCUAGAUUUAGUGAGUUCAUGAACAAGCAUAUUGAAUACUACUCGGUUCAAGGCUUGAUUGAUAACUUGAGUAGAUUGACAGAUAUAAGUUAUAGAUUGCAUGGUGAAAUCAAUUACGUCUUUGUUACUUCAAUUUUUGACACAUAUCCAACGAUCAUGGAGGGAUUGCCCCAUGACACCUUAGAUAAAUUGGCAUACUUGUUGUCAUCAAAAAAUUGGGAACUUUCAAGAACUUUAUUGCAAAUUUUGUUGAAGAAUAAUGUUUGUCCUUCAGAAGAUACAGUAAAUGAAUUUUUGCUCAACUUUGUAAACAGUGAUCCUGAGACAAAAUUGAAAGAAUUACUAUUUCUAAAGCUGAUUGUCUAUCACAGAGGUGUUAAUGAAAUGACUUUACAAAUUUUGUUAUCAACAAUGAGAAAUAUUAACGAAUUCAACAAAUUGAUUGACUUGAUCAGAAUGAAAGAUAACUACAAAGAAGUGCUUGAAAAGUAUCAAAACAUAUUACUCAUGACUUUGAAAAGGGUAUCCACAAAAUUCACGUUGCACCUGGCACAAUUCGUAAGGUUGUUAACGGAACUCGGAAUCCAAGCAGAUAUUGACUUGGUCAACAAAAUGCAAGCAGAUAAAUCCAAAAAAACAAACCAACUGUAA